CGCCCCGAUGACUCAGCAAAUUGGCACCGCCUCCGCCCGGCGCUAUAAGAGCCGCCGCCGCCCGCUCGGUGCAGCCGCCGCCACCCGUCUCGGACGCCAUGGCCGCUCAGCGGGCGCUGAUCGUGCUGGCUCACCCGGAAAAGACCUCCUUCAACUACGCCAUGAAGGAGGCGGCCGUCGAGGCGCUGCAGAAGAGCGGCUGGAGCGUGACUGUCUCCGACCUCUACGCCCAGCGCUUCAACCCGGUCCUCUCCCGCGACGACAUCACGGGCAAGCCCAAGGACCCCCAGCACUUCAGCUACCCUGCUGAAACUGGGUUGGCCUGGAAAGAAGGCCGCCUGAGCAGCGACAUCGUGGCCGAACAGAAGAAGCUGGAGGCCGCGGAUCUGGUCAUCUUCCAGUUUCCUCUCCAGUGGUUUGGCGUCCCAGCCAUCUUGAAAGGGUGGUACGAGCGCGUCCUCGUUGGCGAAUUUGCCUACUCCUACAGUGCUAUGUAUGAGCAGGGACCCUUCCAGAAAAAGAAAACGCUGCUAUCCUUCACAACUGGUGGGAUGGGCUCCAUGUACACUCCUGAAGGCAUCAAUGGGGACAUUAACAUACUACUGUGGCCAAUACAGAGUGGCACUCUCCAUUUCUGUGGCUUCCAAAUCUUGGAACCCCAGAUCGCUUUCAGUAUUGGCCAUACACCAGCAGACGCCCGUUCCCAAAUCCUGGAGGGAUGGAAGAAGAGGUUGGCAGCUAUCUGGGAAGAGAAGCCCCUCACCUUCGCCCCAAGCAACAACUUUGAGCUGAGCUUUGCAGGGGGCUUUUUGCUGAAGAAAGGAGUCAAGGAACAGCAAAAAGAUAAAAAAUACGGGCUGACCACUGGCCAGCAUCUGGGGAAGCCACUCCUGCCUGAUAAUCAAGUCAAAGCCCAGCAGAAGUAGCCCCUUCUCUGUGGGAGGGACUCUUCCUGAAUCAGCAGAUGGUUCAGAUGCGCUUUUUGCACUGCGCAGCAAGAUUUGGUCCACCUCUUUCUCUUAGAAAUGUUUUAAGUAGGGGUCGCAGCCUCUCUCAUCUAGACCCAUCUCUUAAAUGUGUACUUUGUUCAAAUAGCAAUGGAACCGGGGUAAUUUACAGGGGCUGCAGCUGCAGGGAAACCUGGGUGGGAAAAAAGGUUCAGGGUGAAGGCCUUUCCUUUGUAAUGCCAGUACUAUGCAAGAGUUUCCUGCUGGUGCUUUCUCUGAGUCCCAAGGGCAGCCUUUCCCAAAGCGGAGCCCUCCCACAGUUUGGGAUACCCAACUCCCAUCAGCCCAAAGCAGCACAGCCAACAACUAUGGGUGAUGGGCGUUGUAAUCCAAAACACGCAGCCCACAGCAGGCUGGGGAAGGGCCAUCCACUACUUGAGAACAAUUAGGUGUCAUAUUUUGUAAUGAAAAGUAUAUUCUCUACAAUGGAGUCUGCAUGAUUGUUCUGCUCAUUGCAGAAUUAAGUCCCCAGCCUUUAAGCCACAGGUGGGCAACCCCCCCCCCUCCAAGUACCGCCAUGCUGCCUCCAGCAACAGAAACCACCCCUGAGUGAGGUACCAAGAGCUUUGGCUUUGUGAUCCUCCAGGUGUACGUGGUCUGUGGCUGGGUCAAAUGCAGCCCAGCACUUAUGCCUAGAGGGCAUGAUGAUGGCUUGUAUUCAAUGCUAGUCUGUCAGCGUAGAGCCACUGAAAGCCAUGGGGAUGACUAACUUACUUGGCUGCCUUCCAGCCAGCUCUUUGAUUUCCUGUUAUCAUAACCUGAAGGUGUUUGGGGCUAAAGUGAGAUGCAUGAAGUCUAUUCCCUCACUGCAGCCACCACUCCACAAAGGAGUACGCACAGCUCCUUGGGUUCAGUUCCACUUGCACCAGCCUUGGGUUGCCAGAGAGGGGGUGGACAGGGCCGAUCAGUUUAGAGACAGAACAACCCGCACAGGCAGCAGAAUGGAGACAGACUGGGCGCAGUACCAGCACAGCAGCACAAGGCGGCAGGAGCUGGGCUGGCUGGCAGCAAGUGGAGACUGGCAUUCCCAGAGGGAGAAAGGAAGUGCAAGUGAGCACACGUGCUUGCGUGCAUGUGGGGAGGUGUCCUCAAGAAAGGUUGAUUUCAGUCUUCUUAAUCCACUUGCUGCAGGUGGGGAUAAAUACCUCUUAAGAUUUCUUUACAGUGGUGGUAACUUUCACACCUGUCCUGGCUCGCUUGCACUGGCUACCCAUUUGUUUCCGAGCUAGAUUCAAGGUGCUGGUGUUGACCUAUAAAGCCUUACACGGUGUGGGACCGCAAUACCUUGUGGAACGCCUCUCCUGCUAUGAACCUACCCGUCCACUUCGUUCAGUAUCUAAGGCCCUCCUCCGGGUACCAACUCACCAGGCUGCCCGGAGGACUGUUACUAGAACUAGGGCCUUUUCUGUGGUGGCCCCCGAAUUAUGGAACAGCUUACAGGAGGAAAUACGCCUGGUGCCUACGGUUCUUUCUUUUAGGUGCAGGGUUAAGACCUGGCUGUACUCCCAGGGAUUUUAAUGUUCAAUGUUUUAUGUUUAAUGUUUUAGUUUAAUGUGUUCCUUUCUGUUACUGAUUUUAUUCUAUAUUGUAUUUUAAUCUCGUUUUGUACACCACCCAGAGAGCUAUUAGCAAUGGGCGGUCUAGAAAUGAAAAUAAAUAAAUAAAUAAAUAAAUGUUCCAAAAACAAAGUUGGGUGUUGCCUCUGAUAGUCAGGGUUGUUGGAAUAUAGCCACUCCCAACUGUGCUGCUGCAAGAGAAAGACUUAGAAUAAAACACCUUUUUAAUCCCUCA